GUUCCGUGUAUCGACUCAUCAAGAGUUCUCCUCACCCUCCAAUCUGGAGUUGGUUGUGACUACAUUCAUGCAAAUCGGAUCGAUUAUCCAACUCUCGGAAGCAAAUACAUAAUAACUCAAGGACCGUUGGCGAGUACGGUUUCAUCGUUUUGGCAAAUGGUUUGGCAAGAAGAUAUUUACUGUAUAGUGAUGUUAUGUAAGGCAGUCGAAAAAGGCAAGCGCAAAAGUGCAGAAUACUUCAGCCCCGUUUCCGACAUGACAAUAAGCCACGGUCAAUUGGGUGUGAAGUUGAAGGAAAGAGAAUGGGAGGGCCCUAUAAUAGUUUCAACACUUGAACUCGAGUAUUCUCAAGAAUCGCGUCAGAUCAAACACUACCAAUGGAGACAUUGGAGCGACUGGACGGCCCCUACGGAGUCGACGUUGCUGGCUCUCCUCAAGAAAGUGCGCGGUCAUUCAGCAGUCGUGGUUCACUGUUCAGCUGGAGUCGGUAGAAGUGGAACAUUCAUGGCGUUAGAGAUGUGCUUACAAGAUCUUGCCAAUGGCUUACCUAUCAACGUUAACCAGGUAUGCCCUCUUCUCACAUUCGAUACAAGAGGAUUUAUUGGGUUACCAUAA